UCCAGUAUUGGUACAAUAUCAACAUACGCAGGAGGCGUCUGCGUCGCACGAGUUUUACCAGCAGAUUUUAUUUUCAAAAUAUAAUUAAGCCUCGCGCUUUGUUUUUUGUUGUUAUCUGCUGUUGAAACACAAGCCGUAAACGUGACUCGAAUAAAAGCUCUGUCGCGCUUGUCAACGCAGCAACAACAGCAAUAGCUAAAGCUUCGUUUCGUGCAUUCGCCCCUCGCAUAUUUUUGUUCGCUGUCUUUAUUUUGUGCUGUCUUUCGUGCGCGCAUUUCCAUGGAAAACGUUAAUUUUUGUUUAAUUUAUGCGAAAUUACACAAAACUAAUGCGAGGAAUAUGUAACAAAAUAAACGCUGGCAACAACAACAAACGACAACGAAAGGACAGGAAGUUUCGCAAAGUGCAGCAGCCGACAACAACAACAACAUCGACAACGGAAGCGUCAACGCUUCGCUGAGCCACAGCCUGUGACUUUAUUCGGUCAGCAGCGGCUGCAGCUGCUCCCAAAAAGAGAAAAAAAAAACCCACUCGACAGAAGCUCACUUUGUACACCGGAUAAUGGGUUCGCCUGCGGGUGGCGACGGCGGCGUCAGCGAGACGGCUUGGCUGGAGGAUCUGCUGCGCGAGGUGCAGCUGGAGCAGUUCCUGGAGCGCAUACGUGAUGAUCUGCAGGUGACUAGGCUGGCGCACUUUGACUAUGUCCUGCGCGACGAUCUGGAGCGCUGCGGGCUGGGUAAGCCCGCCAUUCGCCGGCUGAUGGAUGCGGUGCGCAAGAAGAAGGCGCAUCAGUGGCGCAAGAAUAUACUCUCGAAGCUGAUCGGUGGGGGCAAGCAGCCCUCGUCCAAGAAGCAGCAGCAACAACAGCAGCAGAACAUGCAACCGGGCGCGUUGACGUGCCUGAUCCACGAGAAGGACAUCACGCUGGGCUUGAAGCUCGGCGAUGGCUCCUUUGGUGUGGUGCGACGCGGCGAGUGGAGCGCUUCGCCGUCUGGCAAGGUGCUCCAGGUGGCCGUAAAGGUGCUCAAGUCGGACAAUCUGACCCAGCCGGGCAUCAUCGAUGACUUCUUCCGCGAGGUGCAGGCCAUGCACGCCCUCGAUCACUCGAACCUGGUGCGUCUGUACGGCGUGGUGCUCUCCCAGCCCAUGAUGAUGAUAACGGAGCUGGCGGAGCGUGGCUCGCUGCUGGACACGCUGCGCAAGCAGUGCCGCCACACCUCGCUGACCCACAUCUGGAACUGGUCCGUGCAGAUCGUCACUGGCAUGGCCUAUCUGGAGCAGAAGCGCUUUCUGCAUCGUGAUCUCGCCUGCCGCAAUGUUCUGCUGGCCGCUGGCAAUAAGAUUAAGAUUGGAGACUUUGGUCUCAUGCGUGCUCUACCCCAGGAGGACGACUGCUAUGUGAUGUCUGAGCACAAGAAGGUGCCGUUUCCCUGGUGUGCGCCCGAGUCGUUGCGCUUUCGUCAAUUCUCGCAUGCCUCGGACACCUGGAUGUUUGGUGUGACGCUGUGGGAGAUGUUUAGCUUUGGCGAGGAUCCCUGGGUGGGGCUGAACGGAUCGCAGAUCUUGCGCAAGAUCGAUCGAGAGGGCGAGCGCCUGCACCAGCCGGAUGCCUGUCCACCCGAUGUCUACGCCAUGAUGCUUCAGUGCUGGGACAAGACGCCAGCGGAACGGCCCACGUUCGCAGCACUCAAGGAAUACCUGGCCAGCAUGUCGCCGCCUGUAAUGCGCGCCUCGCGCAGCUAUCAUGAUGCCAAGGGCCUGCAGAUCGAGCCGGGCGAUGCCAUUGCCAUCAUCGAUGGCCGCUCGGAGCUGAAGCUUAUCAAGGGCCAAAAUCAGCGCACCUUCGACAUUGGCAUCUUUCCGCGCGCCCUGCUGGAGCAGCGUCGUCAGAACGAGGUUCAAAUGCGCAGCAACAGCUCAGCGCAUGGCUCGUCCUUUGGCCUCUGCUGGGGUGGUGGUGCAGGUGCUGGUGGUGCGGUGCUGUCCAACAGCGAAGAGCGACAGCGCAAGUGCGCCUCUCUGAAGCCGCAAGGAACGCCGCCAUCGCAUGGCAAGGAUGCACAUGCCAAGGAGCGCAAGUCGAUAUCGAGCAAGCAGUUCGCCUACAACAAACUCGUCAACGAUUCGGCUGGACUGCAGCGGCGCAAUGCGGUCAAGACCAAGAGCCUGGUGGGUCCGCAGCGACCGCCGCCGCCGCACCAGCAGGAGGAGGGCAUACUGAUCGACAUCUCGCCAGAGAUGCGACCGACCGCUGGCUUGGGUAUGGGCGAUAGCUCCUCGCUGCAGCUGGACAGCAGCUUCUGCCUGCUGGAUGCGCCCAUUGAUGUGCCCACGUUCAAUGAGAGUGGUGCGGGCCCAAGCUCGGGCCCCAACACGCCCACCUACUUCAACGAACAGCCGCAGUUUGACUUCGAGGCGAACGGCGCCUCGCCCGCUCGACUGCAGCCGCCGCCCUAUCAAAUGCCGCCCACCUACUCCAACACCAUGGAGUUUGCCCAGCAGCAGAAGCGCGAGCAGCAGACGCCCGUUCGGGAUCCGUUCGAUACGAGCAGCCUGGAGGCCUCUAAUGCUGGUGCUCUAAUGCUCUACUCGAAUGCGCCAACUCCUGACCCAGUGGCUGUGGUUGCUCCCAUCUAUGGCAGUCCGGCCGCACGCAAGAAUCUCUUUGGCAUGUCCAAUGGGCAUGCGAACAAGGAGAACAUUCCUGCCCUGGAGUCCGCUGCCAUGCAGUAUAAUCUGAGCAAUCUCUCCCUGGAGCGGCAUGAGGUGGUGCAGCAGCAACAGCAGCAGCCGCCGGCUACAUCGGAGAGCGUGUUGCUGGACAAGUCCUUUAUAGCCGAGCUUGAGAAGGACAUGUACAGCAGCAGCAACAAGGCACAGGAGGAUUACCAGCGGAACUCGGCGCAAAUGUAUGCCAACAAAGAGAUCGUCUAUAAGCAGAAUCUUACACCUCUGAAGAAUGCCGCUGGCAGUGGGAAUCACUCGAAUCACUCCAGUCCCACAUCCAAUGCCAGCCAGGCUUCGCCCACAACCAAACAGAACAAUGUGGAGACCGCCGCCGCAGCAGCAGCAGCAGCCGCCACCACGAGCACGCAGAGUCUAGUGAAUCGCAUUUGGUAUGAGCGUGUGGCAGCCACGCCCUCCGAGUAUUACGCCCAGCCACCGCCCGAGCAGCCAGAGCAACUGUAUCAGAAUCAUCUGCACUCACUGCAAUUACAGCAGCCUGAGACAAAUCACUCCUUUGUGGCCAUCUCCAAUCGGGUGGUGGCUCCCAAGAGCAGCAGCGUCUACGCCUCCAGCGCCUCGCUCUAUGGCAGCAUAGCAGCCACUGGCAGCGAGCGCUAUGAUCCCGUGGCUGCAAGCAUGGCCGGAUCCGCCUAUUACGGCCAGGUGCCCAAUGGAGCCAAUGGUGGUGCAGCCAUCUAUGAUGAGGUGCCGCUAGAUGAUUAUCUGCGUCCGCAUCGGCCGGCGCCGCUGGCUCCGCCCCCACUCUCGGCACAGCAGAUUCAGCGGCGUCUGGACAAAAUGCGCCAGCAGCAGCAACAGCAACUCGAGGGCGCUCAUCAGCUGUACGCGCCAGUGCCGGCAGAGGCGCAGCGGGAGCAGGAGAAGCUACAACAGCUGAUGCUCGAGCUGGGCAGCGCCGCCGUUGAGCAGGAUGUGCGCAAUGCACUGCGUGCCGCCAGCGGCGACGUCCAACUUGCAAUGAGGCACUACAAGAUCGAUCAGCUGACACGGCUGGGCGUGGCCGGCAGGCCGCAAUGCGAGCAGGCGCUGCAGCAGACCGGCUGGAGUUUGGAGUUAGCUGCAGAGGUGCUGCUGCAGCAGAGUUAGAGAGAUCGAGCCAAUUAGCUAGCAGUUCGGGCACAACAUAUUUAGUAUAGCAUGAUAUAUCAAUUAGUAUUUGACCUUGUCUAUUUUAUAUUUAUUAACUAAUAAGUCUCGAAUCUGUGCGAAAUACUCUCGAACUAAAAUGAAUACCAAUUUCAGCAAAUGGAUUAAAUGUCCAAUGACUGCAAACACACACACACACAAAAGCA